GGUAGAUCCGGAUUGCGCUUGAUCUGUUGAUGACCACUAAGGGCGGAGGACAGAUGGAGGUCGUUUUGGUGGAAGACAGAGACACUAUAUAAACGAGUAUAGAUAAAUAUUUUUUUCGCGCGCAGCUAAAAGGUCGGGCAGCGUUCGCAUACGAGUGAUGCCGCGGGAUACACGACCCAGAAGUCGUGCAGGCAAUUAAGUAGUAACCUAGUAGAGGAAGUAAACACACAGCACAUAGACAGUUCCUGGCUGCUCGCCUGGUGGUAGUUUAGCAUUCCUUUCAGCAAACUGUCAAAGAAGCUUGCGCUCGACUCGAUUUUUUCGAUCAACCAAAGCCAGGGGAAAAAAAGAACCCGAUCGCUUUCUACUUCGACCUGUAAAAUAAAUUACAGAGAAGAACAAGUCGCGCACUAACUACAGAAAAGUCGCCCUGUAAGUAGUACUUUGACCUGUAGUUUUUUUUACAGAAACGUAAGUUACCUUUUACAGCACAGGCUUGGUCACCAUGAUGACGUUGCCGCGCUUAAUCUCGUUCGCUGCUGGUGCUGUGCUUUAUCACGGCGGUAUGCAGAACCUUCUCCAAGCGCAGCUGCUGCUGGUCGGUGCCCUGUCCCUAAAUCCUAAAACGACCGGUGCCAAUUCCGCCACGACCCCAGUGGGAGAUGAACAACCGAGCGAGGCGAAAGAGGAGCAGGCGAAGGAGCAGGCCGGGCUGCCGAGCGAGGCGGAAGACGAAGAGAAGGCGAAGGAGCAGGCCCGGCUGCAGGGCGCUGCGGAGGAACAGGCCCGGCUGCAGGGCGUUGCGGAGGAGAAGGCGAAGGAGAAGGAACGGCUGCAGGGCGUUGCGUAGGAGCAGGCGAAGGACGAGCAGGCCCGGCUGCAGGGCGUUGUGGAGGAACAGGCCCGGCUGCAGGGCGUUGCGGAGGAACAGGCCCGGCUGCAGGGCGUUGCGGAGGAGAAGGACCGGCAGCUGCGGGAGAAGCAGGCCCAGCUGCAGAGGGAGCAGGAGCUGCAGAGAAAGGAGCAGCAGCUUGCGCAGGAGCAGCAGCGGCUGCGGCAGGAGGAGGAUUUUUUGCGGAGGGGGGGCGCCCGGCAGGGGCAGCCGUACGGCAAUUACAAUCCUGCUGGUGGCGCACUUCCACUUAUCAGAUUGUUCUCAAAUCGAUUACCUUCUCAACUGUUACAUGAGUAGCUGUCAUGCAAAAUGACCAUGAGGAGCUGCUGCUGCAACCACAUCACGGCCAAGCGGCUGCGCAUGACAAAAAAUUUUCGAAGCUGCGCUAAACAGCAUCUGAAAAAGAAAAACCUGUGCAAAAUUUGUAAAAAAUGCAAGAACUUCUACUGCAAGAUCGUCCCUCUCGGCGCUUUCGCUUUUCUACUUGCAUUUCAAAUACAACAAUUUCAUCGUAAAGACAGUUGAGAAUGUAACGGCUGAGAGCCGCAUAUUACCACUUGCGGGUUUCGGGGCGGGGGUUCUUGCUGGAGAACUUGCUGCAGGUGGAUUUCGCCCAGGACUCAUUCCUGGACCCGUUGGCCCAGGAUUCAUGCCUGGACCCGUUGGCGGACCCGGAGCCCUGGCCAUGGAUGGUCUUCAGCGGGAGCAAGAAGGCCGUUUUCUGGAGAUGGAGGGUGCUAUGCUGGGGAACCCAGUAUGGAUUGCACCAAAUAUUAUGUCUGGGUCUGGAAGGAUGCAAGGUUAUUUGUCAUGCACAUUUUGCAUGAGCAGCAGUCCUGAUCGAUCUGUGUGAUGCAUGCCCUAGCAUCACAGAUUUUGUGAGCAGGCCUUUCUGGAGAUGCCUUUACCGCAUGAGAUGAAACUACCGCAUAAGAAAUAAUGCUUUCUCGCAAUGGCAAAAUAAAUUUACUGGACGGCUUUUGCUGUUCAUGCAACACAGAUUUUUGUAGAAUCCAGUUGCAGACGCAGCAUCACAAGUUCGCAUCCUUCCAGACCCAGCACACUACAUGUUUGCAUUUGAUACCCAGGCAUGGUCGCGGCCGGUGAGAUGAUGGAGCAACAAGGUCGGGCGGAGGAACGUCUCGCAUUCGCUGAUAUGCUGUGCAAAAGUAUCGUACUCGUAUAAAUGCAGGUCUUGCAUUACAAAUUUCUUUGUCAAGGCAAAUCAGCAUCACAAAUUUUAUUUCUCAUGCUGUGAAAAUAAUGCAUUUAUACGAGUACGAUACUUUUGCAAAGGAUAGCUGAACAAGCCCUGAACCCAUAUCAAAUGCAAAUAUGUCUGGAUGUCUGGAAGAUUCCGAGAUUUGUCAUGCAGUUUUUCCAAACUCCCCCACGUCUGGAAUACGGGGCCUAGCAUCUUCUUCACAGGUUCUGCAGCCCCUUGGCCGCGAUCCCUAUAAUUCUGCAUGAGAACAAAUGCCCUCUCAGCAUGGCCAGAAUAUGGCACUAGUUGCACGUCAUGCGUCACAGAUCUUCAUCUUUGUGAGAUCCGCAACACGGAUCACAAGUUCGGAUCAUGCUUCCAGACCCAGACUACAUAUUUGCAAUUGAUAGUGCAUUUCCGUGGCGGUAA